AUGCCCCAAUCCUCCCCGAUGUCAGCCAGCUCUGUAUUUCCGCUAGAGAUCUGCGAAUUUGUCAUCGACGCAGUAUACGACAUUCACCUUCACCACCCUCCCGAUUUUGUCUGGGAAUCAGACCCUGAACACGGACCUGAGCUACUGGACAACUACUACUGCCUUUCGAUACGGCAGCAGACACUUCGCGCUUGCGCGUUGACUUGUCGGGCCUGGCACAAACGUGCCGGAGUCCUACUCUGGAAACAUGUUGCAUUGACACACGAGCCCUCCCGCCAACUCGCCGCCUUCCUCGAAACCAUGGCUUCUGUCGCCUCCGACCAUCUAUCUUUACCUGCGGUCUUCUCGUUGCGGAUGUCUGGAGAGUGUAGGCGGGAGUAUGGCUGGAGCGGCUGGCCCAUACAGCCGUUACCCCACUUGAAGUUCCCCAUUGCACCAUCCGAGGAUUCCCCCGCCUAUAAAGGGAUGUCGUCGACCUUGGAUCGAAUCCGCCGACCACUAUUCCCAGCCCUCACAGAAAUCUAUCUCAGGGGGUGCACCUUCACCACGGCGUCCGACUUUUUCGAAUUCUUAUGGACGUGCCCUCAACUCUCCCAUCUCGCCAUGCAAGAUUGCGAUGUGCACACUGACGACGUGGACAUGACGGCGAUCGGGAAGACGCAAGGAUUCCAACACAAGCACAGGGUGAAGAUCCUCACAAAGCUCACCUCGUUGUAUAUCUACGACUAUCCUCUCACGACCAACUUGCGAACCGUCCCCGGCCAUCAAUUUGGAAGGGCUGUGACAUCGCUGCACAUCGGAUGCAUCUCAAUCGCGGACAUAGAUUUAAGCUUCGACCGGCCGUUCAUCUUCGAGCUCGCCACGAGCCUCCGCCGGCUGUCGUACCCGCGCACCAACCUCCGCACCCUUACCAUCCGCGCUGGAUAUCCCUGCGACGGAGAUCUGGAACAUUCGAGUUGCUCUACCUUGUUUGGCCCCGAAGAGCCUCAAGCGAACCUCCCCGUGGCGCGGGUCCUCUUUCCGAAACUGUCGCGGCUUGAGGUGGAUAUCAGGCGUGGCAACGUUGACGAAACCCGAGACGCGUGCUUCCAGCGCAUCGCGUCUGCGCUUCCGAGCAUGGUGGACGUACUGCGCUUUAGGGACCACAGGGAGGUGACGUUCGCGGUCGUCGAUGGCCGACUUCAAGCGGUCUCCGAGUAG